AUGCGGUUCUCAACCGUGUCUCAUAUCCUAUGCGGCGCUGUCGCCGUCUCGGCAGCGACCAUACCGCGGUCCGCCUCCCUCAAGCGAGACUCUGAGACGGUCGACUUAAGUCAAUUUGGCAAUGGCUUUCAGACCCUGUCUCCCGAAGAUGCCAAGGCGGCUGCCGACGACACCUUCGACCCUAGUCUAGUCACCAAGCCGGAUCAGGUCACCAGCGCAACCAAUGCCGUCGACGGCGAACCUGCUGCUGCCGCCGCAGAUACCUGCACCAACCCGACCGUCCGCGUGGAAUGGCGCGACAUGGCCGACUCGGACAAGACGGCGUUCCUCAAGGCCGUCAACUGCCUCCUGAAGGCCCCCUCGGCGGGUAAUUUCCCUGGCUCGCAGAACCGGUACGAGGACAUCGUCGUCGUGCACCAACAGAUGACGGGCUCUAUCCAUAUGGUGCAGCAGUUCCUGCCCUGGCACCGCUACUACCUCAACAUCUACGAGUCGAUAUUACGGGACGAGUGUUCCUAUGCCGGGCCCAUGCCAUGGUGGGACGAGACCAAGGACGCGGGUAGCUUUGCCAACUCUCCUCUAUUCACUGAUCAGUGGUUCGGCCGUGCGCCGCUGAAGACGGCUGAUGGUCAGGGCACCUGCAUUACCAGUGGCGCUUUCGCUGGAUUGACUCUACACAUCGGACCUGGCUCAGGAAACAGUGACCACUGUCUAUCCCGCGCCGUCGACGAGAGCGCCACCCAGUACUGCAGCUCAGACUUCGUCGCCCAAUGUGCCACGAACUCCAACUACACCAACUAUGAGAAAUGCAACGAGUUAGGCCCCCACGCUUACGGUCACAAUGGGCUUGGCGCUGUCAUGUCCGAAGUCUCUGCCUCGCCCGGCGACCCGGCCUUCUUCAUGCACCACUCCUUCGUCGAUCACAUGUGGCGCAUGUGGCAGACUGCCGACUCCGAGGACCGGCUGUACCAGAUCAACGGGGACAGCACUACGACUGAUCCCAAGCAGCCUCUGACGCUCGCCUACAAGCUCAGCUCUAUGGGGCUGAGGCCUGAUGUCACCGUGCAAGAUGUCAUGGACACGACGGGUGGUUAUCUGUGCUACCGGUAUAGCUAUUAA